CCACAUAAGCAAGCAUCGGAGAUGCGGCCUACGAACUGUGAACCGACUCGGCGCCAUCUCCACUCACAGCAAUCGACGGUUGAAUCCCGAACAUGGACAGCUCCGGUGCGCUCGAGGGUUCCUCUCCUCUUCCACCCCGGGGAGUAAAUCCAGCAAAUUUCAUCAUUCCCCCUGUUGAAGGGAUUGCUGGAGGAGGGACUGGGUAUGGGUGGGCAGAUGUUGGUACUGAAAGUUCCAACUUAUGCAAAGGUGUAAAUGUAAUUGAUCCGACACAGAUUCCAUCAGCUGAGUUGUUGCAUGUGUGGUGCAUGCCAAGCACCGCAAACGUUGGCCAGCAAGAAAUGCCUCGGCCUUUUGAUCAUGUUUCUCUUUUGGCGGCAAGAAAUGAAAGAGAAAGUGUUCAGAUUGCUUUACGCCCCAAACUUUCAUGGGCCAGUUCAGGGCUCGCAGGCACUGUGCAGAUUCAGUGCACUGAUCUCUGCUCUGCUUCUGGUGAUAGGUUGGUACUUGGCCAAUCCUUGACCAUGCGGCAUGUGGUGCCCAUCCUAGGUGUGCCUGAUGCUCUUGUACCUCUUGAUCUACCAAUCGCUCAAAUAAACCUACUUCCUGGAGAAACGACAUCCAUCUGGGUCUCAGUUGAUGUUCCUGCUGGACAACCACCUGGUCAUUAUGAAGGGCAGAUUCUUAUCACUGCUUUGAAGGCAAAUGCAGAAAUGUCAGCACAGGUGCUAUCUAAAGCUGAGAAGUACAAUCUAUAUAGGGAACUUAAAAGCUGCCUUGAAAUGGUUGAACCUGUUGAUGGAAAACCACUGGAUGAAGUAGCAGAAAGAUUGAAAUCAGCUACAUCAUCUUUGAAGAGACUUCUUCUAUGGCCGGUAUUCCAGGAGUUCUACAAAGAUAAUGGAUCAUGUGACAUGAUGGAUGAAGAUGCAUUCACAAACAUUUCAAUCAAUAUGAAAUUUAAUGUCACAGUUUGGGAUUUUACUCUUCCAUUAACACCUUCUCUUCCAGCUGUAUUUGGUAUAUCUGAAACUGUGAUCGAGGACCGCUUUGCUCUGGAACAUGGGAGUGAGGGAUGGUAUGAUGCGUUAGAUCGUCACUUCAAAUGGCUUCUUCAGUACAGGAUAAGUCCAUACUUCUGCAGAUGGGGUGACAGCAUGAGAAUUUUAGCUUACACUUGUCCUUGGCCUGCUGAUCAUCCAAGAUCUGAAGAAUAUUAUUCAGAUCCAAGAUUAGCUGCAUAUGCUGUACCUUAUGCUCCCAUUCUUUCAUGUAGCAAUGAGGCAAGAGAUUCUUUGCGUAAGGAUGUUGAAAUCUUAAAGUCAAAGCCUCAUUGGCGAAAAGCUUACUUUUACCUAUGGGAUGAGCCUCUGAAUUCGGAUCAGUAUGAAUUGAUUCGUAGCAUGUCGAGUGACAUACGAUCUUAUGCACCUGAUGCACGCAUUUUGACCACUUAUUACUGUGGACCUAGUGAUGCACAUGGAUCAAGUACUUUUGAGGCUUUUGUUAAAGUUCCAAAAUACUUGCGCCCUCAUACUCAAAUAUUUUGUACAAGUGAGUGGGUUCUUGGUAAUCGGGAGGACUUAGUGAAUGAUAUUACUGCCGAACUACAGCCAGAGAAUGGAGAGGAAUGGUGGACAUAUGUGUGCAUGGGACCUUCAGAUCCUCAACCAAACUGGCAUCUUGGGAUGCGUGGAACACAACACCGUGCAGUGAUGUGGAGAGUUUGGAAAGAAGGUGGAACAGGCUUUCUUUAUUGGGGUGCCAACUGUUAUGAGAAGUCACUUGUCGCCAGUGCUGAGAUAAAAUUUCGACGUGGCCUUCCUCCUGGAGAUGGAGUUCUGUUUUAUCCUGGUGAGGUUUUCUCUCCGUCACACGAACCAAUCGCAUCAAUCCGGCUAGAACGAAUUCUCAGUGGCAUGCAGGACAUCGAGUAUCUGAAGUUAUAUUCUUCUCGGUACAGUAGGGAAGAAGGCCUGGCUCUUCUAGAGAAGACUGGUGCUUAUCUUAGUCCGGAACGUUAUACACUUGAACAUACACCAAUUGAUCUAAUGCGAGCUGAGAUUUAUCGCACCUGUGGAGCUUAAAGAAAAUUGGACAGGAAACAAACUUCCCUCUUAUGCUACCUGCUUCUAGUGGGUUUUCUUGAAAAUUUUCAGGGUGAAAAUUGCAUUGCUCUAUUCCGAAGCAUGUUAAUUGAUUAGGCUGUUAUCAUUAUUUUGUUAUUACACUUCCAUAUGUGUGUUUGUCAUCAGUUCCAUGUUCUGAUUAUAAUGUUGUAUAUAGGAAUAUGUUGUGUGGAUGAUGCCUAAUGCACUUGCAUUUAAGGAAGUUUGUAUAUUCUCAACAUGUUUGCUAGGGAGAACUUUCAAUUUGGGAACUUCA